AUGCCACCGAAAAGAACCUUUGACGACCUGCAAAAUGAGACGGCAGCCACAAUUGAGUUGGAUACCAAAAAGAGAGUAAGUGUUCGCCUGUUCAAUGGAAUGAAGUUGGUGGAUAUCAGGGAGUUCUACGAAGACAAGAAAACCAACACCAUGAAGCCCGGAUCCAAAGGAAUUUCACUCAACGAGGAGACAUGGAAGAAGCUACUUGAAUCUGCAGACGAAAUUUCAGCUGCUUUAAAGCGUCUUGGAGACAAAAAGGCCAAGACAGAGUCUUCUGAUGAGAAAGUGAAGAAGAACAAGGCAGAGGCACCGAAAAAGGAGAAAUCAGAGGAAUUGGUAGAAGACAGCGAAGACUCUGAAUAG